AUGGCAGAAAUCCAGUGUAGUGAAUGCCCUACACAAAAACCUCAAGCCACCCGAGUUGUGACGGAGGCAACGCCUCUCUUAAACGAGCCAGACGAUGAUGCCCUUUGCACAAACUGCGGAGAUGAGGAGACUAUCGUUCUCGUCCAGGAACCUCCCCUGGGAAGGCUGAUACUUAUCAUGGCCACUGCAUGGUUUGGGAUCUUCCUGGGCGCUUUGGACUCGACAAUCAUUGCGACCUUGUCCGGCCCUAUUUCAAGCGAAUUCAACUCGCUCAGUUUGCUGUCAUGGCUUGCAACUGCAUACCUCAUCUCCAAUGCAGCUUGUCAACCCAUUGCAGGUCGACUUACCGACAUCUUCGGACGUCGUUCCGGCUUAAUGCUGAGCAAUUUCCUCUUUGCUCUGGGAAACUUGGUCUGCGGCGUGGCAACUAAUCAUUAUACUAUGAUUAUCGGUCGCGUUAUAGCAGGUUUCGGUGGAGGUGGAUUGAUAAGCAUCGCGACGUUCUUGACUUCUGACCUUACACCGCUUCGUAAAAGAGGCAUCAUGCAAGGUAUCGCCAACCUGUGGUUUGGAGCUGGUGCAAUGCUUGGAGCUGUCAUAGGCGGACUCUUUCACGACCGCACUGAAUUCGGUUGGCGGCUUGCAUUCCUAGUCCAAGUGCCACCUUCAUUACUACUUAUCCCUGUCAUCGGAUGGUUAGUUAAGGUGCCAGCCAAGGUAUCAGAGAAGUCUUAUCUCGCAAGAAUCGACUUUCUGGGUGUCUUUCUCACCUCUUCAUUCCUCGUUCUCUUACUUCUUGGUCUCAACACUGGUGGUAACUCAGUACCUUGGACUCAUCCUCUGCCUUUGACAACGAUACCUCUAUCGAUUGUUUGUUUUGCCGGCUUCAUCUGGUGGGAAAGUAAGGUCAAGCAACCUAUCAUCCCUGUAAGCCUUCUUUACGAUCGUACCGUCCUGUCUGCUUGUGCUGCCAGUCUGUUUAUCUCCAUGCUGUUGAUGGCUACCACAUUCUAUGUGCCCCUCUACCUCCAAGUUCUCGGCGACUCCACCACAACUGCUGGCCUUAAGUUUCUACCAUCGCCUCUCGGGGGUUCAAUUGGAGCUCUGGGAACAGGAUAUGCCAUGGCAUGGACUGGAAGAUACAGACGAUUUGGCCUCAUAGGAGCAUCGUCAUUGAUAGCAGGCACUAUGCUCUUCACUCUCCAAAAUGACAGCAGUUCGCCUUACCUCACCUGUAUCGGGCUGUUACUUGUUGGUGGAGGCUUCAGCACCGUGUUGACAAUCGCUACUGUUUCGUGCCUCGCUGCAGUCGACCACUCUCAACAAGCACUCAUCACAUCAGCAAUCUUUCUAGCUAGGAGCGUCGGAGGUACGGUUGGCAUAACCAUGGCGUCUGCAGCUUACCAGAAUACGCUAAAAGAGAAGCUGUGGGAUAUGCUUGGUGAUAAGGCCGGUGGUCCCGAGGAGAUCCGUCGGCUUCUGGAUGGUUUGGAAGAACUAAAGCAUCUUCCUCAAGGCUGGCUACAAGGGGUCAUAGAGUCAUUCAUGCAGUCAUUCAGAGUUGUGUGGCUGAUGAUGGCGGGUUGGGCUGGGCUGGCUCUUAUCAGCAUCUCUUUGGUCAGAGAACAUACGCUGCACUCGACGCUGGAUCGGAGCUAG